CAACACUACUAUAUAACAAAUAAUUUGAGUUGUGUGAUGACUUAAGCAGCGCAAUCACGGGGGUCGACGGCAUUUUCAACAGCAUGUCAUGCUGUAUAAAGGAUCCAGAAGAAUUGACCAGCUAUGAGAUUGACAAGGAUCUUAAAAAGCAGCAGGCAACUCUUCGUAAGCAGGUCAAAGUACUCCUCCUAGGAGCUGGAGAAAGUGGCAAAAGUACUUUUCUUAAACAGAUGAGAAUUAUACAUGGAUCGGGCUACGAAAGAGAGGAACUGAUAAUGUGCAAAGUGCCCAUACUUCAUAACAUCGUACGGAACAUCAAAACACUCCUCCAAGGAAGACAACUUUUAGAUAUCCCCUGGAGAGACGAGGAUCUAGAGGAUGCUAGCCAACUGUUAAUGGACUACAGCGCUAAGACGGAAUUGGAUGCCAAAAUAUUCGAGUCCGAGUAUUACCAGUUGACUAGAAAAUUGUGGCACGAUGUUACAAUUAAAGAAGUCUUCUCAAGACGUCGUGAACUGCAGCUGAACGAUAACGCUGAAUACUUCUUCGAUAAUUUGGAUCGCCUCUCGGAUCAAACGAAGCAACCUAAUCAACAAGAUUUGUUACGAUUGAGAAAGAAAACGACCGGAAUAAGGGAGGAGGUGUACGAAAUCAAAGGCGUGCCGUUUCAUAUGGUGGACGUCGGAGGACAGCGACUACAGCGACACAAAUGGUUCAAAUGUUUCGACCAGAGUGUAACUUCAGUAUUAUUUCUCGUAGCAUCAUCUGCCUACGAUCAGGUAAUAGUUGAGGACAAGAGAACGCCCCGCUUGGAGGAAAGCUGCAAUAUCUUCGACACCAUCGUAAACAACAAAUGCUUCAAAGACGUUUCAAUCAUUCUCUUUCUUAACAAAACUGAUCUGUUGAGGGAAAAGUUGCCACAUUCUGACUUUAAGCGGUAUUUUCCUCACUUUGGCGGGGACCCUAUGGACAUCAAGGACGUUCAAUGUUUCCUGCUCGACAUGUUCGACAACGUGCGCCGAAACCGCGACCGAGCGCUCUUUCACCAUUUCACGACGGCCACAGACACAGAAAAUAUAAAAUACGUUUUCGCAGCUGUCAAGGAUACCAUAUUACAGAACAAUCUACGACAACUCAUGUUGCAGUAGAUUAUUUAAAUGUAAUUUUUCAUUUACCGAAGAAGGAAUUCAAUGGAUGAUAGUUGAUGAUGAAAUAUAGCCGUUUGCAAGAGAGAUAUGAUCAUGAUGUUGUAUCGCUGGUGCAGUUUGUUCGCUGGUUUGUUGCUACUUCGUACGGCGUACUCUUGUUUUUAACUAAAACAGGGGCCAUUCAUUAUAUUCGAUAUAGUCUCCUCGUGUAUCAAAGUAGGACAAUCGUUAUAUAGGACACUUGUGAAAACGAAAGUGAAACCGAAAGUGAAAGUGAUCACAGAUAUUAGCCACAGCUAAUGUCAGGUGUACAGAGCUCAAAGGAUACAAACAUGGUUCAACUCAUUGAUAUAACUGUGAACAAUUUAGUUGCAGGCUAAUGAUUUUUGAUAGAUUUUAAUGUGUUAAAAACGAUUUGUAAUUCUAUAGAAUGUUUGAACAGUAUUGUUGUUGAUUUUUGGAGCGGCUAGAUUUAGACUAUUUUGGCGGGUGUUGCUAGGCGGGCGUUGCUUUAUUAUAAAAUCAGCCCAUUGGUAGGAAAACGAAUGGUCGUGCUUUUCUCUUUUCUAAAACAUCGACGUUUAAGUUUUAAUAGCUUUGCGUUUGCUCGUAAGCACUGUAUCUAAAGCUUAAAAAUGGAAAUACUGGUUUAAGUAUUUCAGUUCACUAAAGCUUAAAAAUCGUGCUAUCAGUAUUUUAGUUCACUUUCCGUUUCAUAAUUUAUUUCAUAUGAUAAUUCUGAUUUUAAGAUUUGAUAAAUUUAUAUACUCUUUUUGUUUAUGUAUAAUUAAUGGUUUACGGUGUUAAAUGCUACAAGUUA